AUGUCCAUUGCUACAGCCAAUACUAAUGAAUUAACAUUUCUAGAGAAAAAUGUCACAGUUUCUCCAUUAGUUCUAUUAUCAGUUGUUGAUCAUUACAACAGAGUUUCAAAAGAUAGUAAGAAAAGAGUAGUUGGAGUAAUAUUAGGAGAUAAUUCGACAAAUACAAUAAGAGUAACUAAUUCUUAUGCAAUUCCAUUUGAAGAAGAUGAAAAAAAUCCAGGAGUUUGGUUUUUAGAUCAUAAUUAUAUUGAUGCAAUGGGAGAAAUGUUUAAAAAAAUUAAUGCAAAAGAAAAAUUAAUUGGUUGGUAUCAUUCAGGACCAAAAUUAAAACCAUCUGAUUUAAAAAUUAAUGAUUUAUUUAGAAGAUAUACUGCAAAUCCUUUAUUAUUAAUUGUUGAUGUUGAACCAAGAAAUGUUGGUAUUCCAACUGAUGCAUAUUUUGCAGUUGAUGAUAUUAAAAAUGAUGGAUCAGCAGCUGAAAAAACAUUUGUACAUGUUCCAUCAUUAAUUGAAGCAGAAGAAGCAGAAGAAAUUGGAGUUGAACAUUUAUUAAGAGAUAUUCGUGAUCCAGCUGCUGGUAAUUUAUCAUUAAAAGUUACUCAAACUUAUCAAUCUCUUUUAGGAUUACAUCAAAAAUUAAGAGAAAUUGCAACAUAUUUGGAAAAAGUAUAUAAUAAAAAAUUACCAAUGAAUCAUACCAUACUAGGGAAAUUACAAAAUGUAUUUAAUUUACUACCAAAUUUAGUUCAACCAAAUGGAUCAAAUAUAAAUAAUGAGGAUGAGUCAAGUUCAAAUGAAUUAUUAAAUGCUUUUACCGUAAAGACCAAUGAUGAAUUAAUGAUCAUAUAUAUAAGUACAUUAGUAAGAGCUAUUAUUGCAUUCCAUAAUUUGAUUGAAAACAAGUUGGAGAAUAAGAAAUUGAACGAAAAGAAAGCUCAAGAAUCGGAUAUAAUAGCGGAAGACAAAAGCAUAACGGUAGAAUAG